ACUAACGAAUUGCCACCGAGUAGCAUAUAAACCGUCGGAGUGUGGGGAAAAUGAAGAAAUAAGCGGCAGAGAAAUAUGGCUACUAAUCCCGGAGUUCUCACUAACUGGCCAUGGAAACCUCUUGGGAACUUCAAGUAUGUCAUCUUGGCUCCAUGGGUGGUUCACAGUACUUACUGUCUCGUGUGUAAAGGAGAAAAGGAGGACCUUUUCUACGUCCUCUUAUUCCCAUUUCUUCUCACAAGAUUCCUUCACAAUCAGAUAUGGGUUUCUUAUUCUCGUUACAGAACUGCCAAAGGAAACAACAGGAUCGUUGAUAAGGGCAUUGAGUUUGAGCAAGUUGACAGAGAAAGCAACUGGGAUGACCAGAUCAUAUUAAAUGGACUUCUCUUCUGCUUGGGGCAUAUGAUAAUGCCAAUAGCAUCUCACUUGCCUAUAUGGAGAUCAGAUGGAGCUAUUAUCACAAUUCUACUCCAUGUUGGCCCAGUGGAGUUCCUCUAUUAUUGGCUUCAUAGGGCGCUGCACCACCAUUACCUCUACUCUCGCUAUCACUCCCAUCACCAUUCUUCCAUUGCCACCGAGCCCAUUACCUCGGUCAUUCACCCAUUUGCAGAAGAAGUUGCAUACUUCUUGCUCUUUGCAAUCCCUAUAUUGACAAUGGCAUUUACGGGCACUGCUUCCAUUGUAGCAGGAGCCGUUUACUUAACUUACAUUGAUCUAAUGAACAAUAUGGGACACUGCAACUUCGAACUGGUUCCAAACUGGGUUUUCUCUAUCUUCCCUCCUCUCAAGUAUCUCAUGUAUACCCCCUCAUAUCACUCUUUGCAUCAUACUCAAUUUCGGACCAAUUACUCGCUGUUCAUGCCGGUUUACGAUUACAUUUACGGUACAGUGGACAAGUCCUCAGAUGCUUUAUACGAGUCUUCGCUCAAAAGGCACGAAGAGUCACCGGACAUCGUAUAUUUGACGCAUUUAACUACGACAAACUCCAUCUAUCAUUUGCGCCUUGGCUUUGCUUCCUUAGCUUCUAAGCCAUUCGCUUCAAAGUGGUAUUUGAUGGCGAUGUGGCCUGUGACAUGUUGGUCUGUGGUCUUCACUUGGAUUUAUGGCCGUACAUUUAUUUUAGAGAGGAAUGCCUUGGAUAAGCUCAAACUGCAAUCUUGGGUGGUACCAAGAUACACUAUGCAUUACCUUUUGGGGAAGCAAAAAGAAGUUGUCAAUAACUUAAUUGAAGAAGCUAUAAUUGACGCCGAUAAGAAGGGAGCCAAGGUGCUGAGCUUAGGCCUUCUGAACCAGAAUGAAGAUCUUAAUGGGAAUGGAGAGCUCUAUAUCCAAAGGCACCCUAAGCUUAAAAUCAAGCUUGUGGAUGGAAGCAGUUUAGCAGCGGCUGUUGUAGUGAACAGCAUUCCCGAAGGAACAAACCAAGUACUCCUCGGGGGCAAGUUUUCUAAGGUUUCUUAUGCCAUUGCCCUUGCUUUAUGCCAAAAAGGUGUCCAGGUGGCCAUAACAAAAGAGGAUAAAUACAAGCAGUUCGAGCAGAAUGACAGGUUUGGAAAUAACUUGGUUCUUCCAGAUAACUAUGAUCAAAAGAUAUGGGUGGUGGGGGAUGGAUUCACCGAAAGAGAACAGUUGAAGGCAAAAAAAGGGACAUUAUUUAUUCCCUUUUCACAAUUCCCACCAAAGAAAGUGCGCAAAGACUGCUGCUACCAUGCUACUCCUGCCAUGGAGGCUCCUAAAUCUCUUGAGAACUUGCAUUCUUGCGAGAAUUGGUUGCCAAGAAGAGUGAUGAGUGCAUGGCGGGUGGCUGGGAUCAUUCAUGGUCUGGAAGGAUGGAACGUUCAUGAGUGCGGUCAAAACAUGUUUAGCAUGGAUAAAGUUUGGAAGGCCAGUCUGGAGCAUGGGUUUCGUCCUUUGCCGAUCUCCAUUUAAUCAAAGGACUGGCCUUGUCUCACUACAAUACAAGCAAAUACCCAUGUUAUGUUCAUAAAAAUAAAUUGUAGUGAACUUAAUUAUGUACGUGGAAGAAUUGAACUGGGUCAAUCGUACUUGUAUUAUGAAAUUGAGAUGCCGCACCCACUUUCACACCUGGACAAGAAUAGGUAAUCAAGAACCAACCAUAGUGUUUUUCGACCAAAUUGAGAAAUGAAUGAAUUUAGACAUUAUACAAGAGAUAAGGAAAUGCUAAACAUUCCUGCUUUCCCUUCUUUGAAACAUGAAAAGACAUAGAAACCUUUGACCGUCAAGAAAC